CUCAUCACAGAACAACACAUUGCACGGUUGCCCCUACCUUAUUGGCUAUUCGGCAGUAAACAAUUUAGUUUGUCGUGCAUUAUGUCCGCUUCCUAUUUGCAUAACCUCAUUCAGUCAUUGCCAUAAAUACAGGGCAGGCCAGUCUGUAGGCCAGACUCUGAGCAACGUUAGAUCGCUAGCGGUUGCACUUUGCUUCAAAGUAGUAUCAAGAAAUACUGUGUCCAGUGUAGCUUACGAUUAUCCAGUGUCCUGUGCAAAAUGAUGGCCAUCCAGGAGUUCCUCCCGGUCCCACUGACAUGGUUUCUACUGCCACUGCUAGCCGUUCUCUUCUACGUGUACGCAGUACAUCCUCUGUUUGUGUUCAAAAAGAUGGGAGUACCUGGAAUCGGGUUUCCUUUACCGAUCGUGGGAACAUCCUACCAGACCGCACAAAUGGGCGUUUACAACCCCGAAUACUCUGCCUCUGAUUUUGGACCCGUCUUGGGAGUCUUUAAUGGAAUGAAUCCGAUUCUCAUAGUCACUGAUGCAGAAAUGAUAAAAGAGAUCUUAGUGAAGCAGUUUCACAACUUUGUCAACCGUCAACCAGAGGUACAAGACAUCAACAUUAAGCCUCAAAGCCGGCAGGUGUUCCAACUGAGGGACGAGGACUGGAGGAACGUGCGGGUUGCUCUCACUCCUGCCUUCAGCGGCAGCAAGCUCAAACAGAUGAUGGCGGCGCUGAACAGCUGUGCUGACCAACUCGUGGAGAAUCUCAACAGCUUUGUGACAACGAAGGAGUCUUUUGAUGUCAAGGAAAUGACAGGUGCGUUCAGUAUGGAUGUCACCGCUAGAACAAUCUUCGGUGCUGAGGUCAACUCACAACGGGAUCCACAAAACCCUGUCAUCGUCCAUGCAAAGAGAGCCUUCGACUUCAACUUUAAAAGUCCACUGAUGUUUCUUUAUCUCAUGUUUCCCAGCAUCGCAAAGCCGAUUUUCGAGACGAUCAAUUAUCACCCCUUCACCCCGAGGGACGUUACCGACUUCUUUGACGGAGUCAUGGAGCAGCUUCUUGAAAUGAGAAAGACUGACGGAGGCAAAGGACGUGUUGACCUGCUCCAGAUUAUGAUAGAUGCACACCAGGAGAGCGGUGAUGAAAGCACCAACGGACCCAAAGUGGUCGGGAAAAAGCAACCAUUAACCAGGGACGACGUUGUUGGAAAUGGAAUCGGCUUCUUUUCCGCUGCUUUCGAGACUCUCUCAACAUCGAUGUCCUUCGCGCUGUACCAGCUGGCACUCAAUCAGGAGAUCCAAGACAAAGCCAGGCAGGAGAUCAACGAAGUUAUCGGGAGCGAAGGCGAGGUUGACUAUGAGGCUGUCCAGAAGAUGUCUUACCUAGAGAUGUGCAUCAUGGAGACCCUCCGCCUCUACCCUCUGGGGGCCAGCAUCUUGCGGGUUUCUAAUGAAGAGGCCAGACUGAAGUGGGUUACCGUCCCAAAGGGUAUGAGUGUAGUCAUCCCCGCCCUCGCCAUUCACUAUGAUCCUGCUCGCUGGAACGAACCGAGGAAGUUCAUCCCCGAAAGGUUUACUAAGGAAGAGAGGGAGAAGCGGAACCCGAUGGAUUGGCUGCCCUUCGGGGUGGGGCCGCGAAACUGCAUCGGGAUGAGGCUGGCUCUGUUGGAGCUGAAGGUUGGACUGGCCAGGGCGCUGAUGAAGUACCGCUUUGUGACUGGACCCGACACUGUCCCUGUGAAGCUGAACAAGUGGAAAGUGUUGCCCGUCCCUAUGGAACCGAUUCGACUGAGGGUGGAGCCACUGGACUGAUAUUUCGGAAUAAGAUUUAAAGGAGUCCUCAUCUCCAAAUGGUAGUGCUGUUUUCCGAUUGAUAUUAAAUUUAGGAAGCAAAAAAAUGUAUACUAAUUCACAUUAUACAAUAGAAUAUCCAUUAGUCCCAAACACAAACUCCCCAGGUACAUGUAUUCGAAAAUAAUUAAUCUCAGUCUAUGGCUGAAUACAAAGAUGUCAGCAACGUCUGACAACUUUUAGCUUACAAAACUAAUCUUAAGCCCGGCCGAUAAGAAAAACUCUUCUUGUGUGUUCUUUGAUAUCACAUUAACAAUUUGCCUUCUUGCUCCUUCAAACCCCUGUCACACAUACAUGUCAGUAGUCAUGGCCUCCCAUUCGCUAUCUUGCCCAACCAUCCCCAGACCGUGGUUGGGAGUAAGGCCAUCUUUGGUGGUGAGUUGGUUGUUGAGUUUGCCUAAUAGUUGAUUUUCAAACAUUGUCUGCACAAGCCAUCUAUGAAAUUCCUUCGGAAACAGUCGGGAAAGUUUUGCUUGGAUGCGGUCAGAAGAACUGGAAAUAGAAUCAUGAUGAAUUUCAAGCUAAUCCUAAGUAACACUGCUGACUUAAGUUGAGGAGUGGCAGGGAUAAACAAGUCCACUAGCCCUAUAGUCCCGGGCAAGUGAAAAUGCCAGUCGGGCAAGUGCAUUGUCCUUCCCCACUUGCCCGAUCGGACAAGUUAGCUUUUCUCCAUUGAGUGAGAUUUUGAUGUACUUGCUACUUUUCAAAUUCAUGACAUCAAGCAUUGAUUAACACAGAAAAUAGAGCCAAUAACAAAAAUUCCAUUGAAGAAAUUUGAAGGCCAUGAAUAUACAUAGCAAAAUGUCAUUUAGAUUUCGGGCAAGUGAAAAGUUGGUUCGGGCAAGUAAAUUUUUUAAGUACUUGCCCAAUAGGACAAGUGGAUUUUAGAAAACUUGUCCAACCCUGAGUGGUCAGGAGCAGAGUCAUGAAUCAUGAAUGUGCGACAGGAGCUUUAUAUUCAGUGAGCUUCUUCUCAUGAUCAGUGCUAAUCAGUUCGUACUUCAUGUUUAACAAAUAAAGAGGCAUUGCACCAAUCUUGGUUGUACAGCCUCUAAAUAUAGUUGUACUUCUGAAUCAUUUUUUGUCUAUCAAUGAGUACUUAAUAAAUGGUAUGAUAAUGUGAGCUCUGACAGUUCUUUCGACUUUUUGUGAAUCUUUAGCAUGUUACACUGACAACUAGAGACUGCAUAUUAAUGAUUUAGUAGAGGCGAUGCAAUGUUACAAUUAUGGCAGUUGAAAUGUACCUUUCCCAUGGGCACAAAAUUGGUUGCAUGCCAGGAUUUGAACCAUGGACCUCUGGGUUCUGGACCAAACAUCCUGCAGUUAUCCAUGACCUCACCUAAAACACUUAUCCAUGUGAAACUACAUGUACUUCUGCAACAAAAUGAAUUCGUAAAUGAUAUGAUCAACGAUAUAGACUAGAAAAGUUACCAGGACUUUGAAACGAAAACACAGUAGACUUGUUUUGAACCAGGGUAUGGACAAAAGUAGAUACUCAAACCAAACGAAAACUAAAGCAAAGCAGAAUUGAACAAUAGUUAGCGUAGUCAUUCUUAGCAAUUCUAUAUCAACAACAGUUCUAUACAUUUGUACUACAAGUUAAUACCUUGGUUGGAUGUUUCUUUACCUGUGUUAUGCUAUGGCCCCAAUUGGAAAAUGCUACCCUCUGGAUAAUUUACAGUCUAAUUUUUUUUUACUUAUGCAUGGGACAUGCUGUGGGCUACCAGGCUAUUUGAGGGCCUGCGGAAUAUGUUUUACCUUACAGUUUAAACCAACCCAGGACCUGGCAACAAAUAUACACUGUGAUUUUAUCGUGAAAAAAAAAAA